AUGGCCGACGUCGCCUCAACAAGUCCAUCUGAGACCCAUGUUCCAGACCCCACAAUCGAUGACAGCGAGGAGGCCGAGUCGAAGGAGAUCCUCUUGAUGAAGCAGCGCGUAGAAGAAAUGGAACGCGAGGCACAGAAGCUACGUGAACUGCAGGCGGCUGCAGAAAACGCGAACGGCGGGUCGGUGCAUGAUGGGAGUGAGGCGGGCGUGCCAAUGGAUGCGGAAGACGACAAGUCGAUUUCCGAUGGUCGGAGUGUAUUCGUUGGGAAUGUGGAUUACGGCGCCACGCCAGAAGAGAUACAGGGACAUUUCCAAGCUUGCGGUACCAUCAACCGAGUAACAAUCCUUUGUGACAAGUUCACUGGCCAUCCUAAAGGAUACGCAUAUGUCGAAUUCGCCGAGUCUGAAUUCAUCGAUGCUGCUUUGGCGAUGGACAACUCAUUGUUCCGUGGUCGACUGAUCAAGGUGUCCCCUACCGUGCUCGUGGGAGGUGGGUUUUUUUUUUUAGUUGUGGACACAGUAUCCCUCACUCACGUAUAUCGAGAUCGUCAAUUGAAGGUUGCUUCCACGGCCAACAUGUCUCUAAGAUGUCUGCGAGACUCAUGGCGCUCAAUGUCGACCAAGGUCUCUCCCUACCCGUUCUCUAAAGUCGCCAUAAUCCCCCCACCUCCCGCGGAAGCACCGAGGCCCGCUCUUCUCAAAGGCAAGGGGCUCAUGGCGUACCUUCAGCAGACGCUCCCCACACCCGAGAAACAAAAAAUCAUGAACACCCUCUUCUCGCGGCGACACCCCGACCGCAUUCAACCAGGCAGCGUCCUCGCCGUGACACUCGCGCACGCACCGACGUCGUUCUCCGGCGUGCUCAUCUCCGUGCGCCGGCGCGGCGCGGACACGUCGUUCGUCCUGCGCAACGUCGUGCAGCGCACGGGCGUGGAGAUGCAGUUCUUUGUCAACUCGCCGCAUCUGAAGAGCAUACAGGUGAUGAAGAGGGUGGGCAGCGGCGCGGCGAAGAGGGACCAGAAGGCGAAGAAGGCGAAGCUGUUCUACUUGAGGGACUCGCCCGAAAAGAUGUCAGCGAUAUCGGGGGGUAUUGCGCGCAGUUAG